CAUUAAUGGUCCAUAGUACUUAUUAGAUCUCUUUCUUUCAACUUUCAUUUCCACCGUCCGAUCAAUCACCUCUCUCUCUAUCUUCUCUUCUCUUCUUUUGUUUUCCUGCUAGUCUUUGUUUUUGGUUCCUGUAGCACAAUUUCAUUUGGGAAUGACAACUUCAACAAACAACCCUAACUAACCACCAACAUCAGAAGAAGAAGAAGAAGAAGAAGAAGAAUCGAUCUGAACAAGUCAAGUGCAGUGGGAAUCACUCUCUCUCUCUCUCUCUCUCACAUGUGAAGUCUAAGUUGUUGCUUUCUCCUCCUUCUCACAAGAUUUGGUUUGGUUGGAGCAUUGGUGGACCAUAAGAUUCAGUUAUCUACUUGGAUUUCUCACUUUAACCUCAAAUUACGGGACAAUAAUCUAGAAGGGUGAAGCAAAAACCUUUUCUAUAGUCUUGCUUUUUUGAUGCUGUUACUUACUAAAUUGUUUUUGCCGGUUGAAGUAAUCUCUUGUGGCAGGGGAGAUCUGAAAAUUGAACAACAAAUUUGCAUACAUUACCCUUUUCAUUGUUACCAUGAGAGUUGAUUGCAGUUUCUGAACUUUGAUUGAAAGCAAAGGGUAAAGGUUAUGGGGGACCUAGGCUUGUAUAAUUUGUGCUACAUAACUCAAGAUUGACCAACCAUGGAAGUUAAUGGAAUUGUUCAUGAUACUGGUGUAGGAGCGGCGAGAAGGGAAAAGAGAGAGGUGGGUGACAAAUCAAUGGAAGAUUUAACUAAAUAUGCACACAGUCCUGCUCACUUGGCAGUUGCGAGACGCGACCAUGCUGCCCUGAGGCGCAUUGUUAACGCUCUGCCUCGGCUUGCUAAGGCUGGCGAGGUCAACAAUGAAGAUGAAUCUCUUGCUGCUGAACUUCUAGCUGAUGAGGUAUCGUCUGCUAUUGAUCGCCGUGAUGUCCCUGGUAGGGAGACCCCUCUUCACCUUGCCGUGCGUCUUAGGGAUCAUGUCUCCGCUGAGAUAUUGAUGGCUGCUGGUGCGGAUUGGAGUCUACAGAAUGAGAAUGGUUGGAGUGCUCUCCAAGAGGCGGUGUGCACUAGAGAGGAAGCUAUUGCCAUGAUUAUCGCACGGCACUAUCAACCUCUGGCUUGGGCCAAAUGGUGCCGUAGACUUCCCCGCAUUGUUGCUUCGGCAACUCGUAUUCGUGAUUUUUAUAUGGAGAUAACUUUUCAUUUUGAAAGCUCUGUAAUUCCCUUUAUCGGACGCAUAGCCCCGUCUGAUACUUAUCGAAUAUGGAAGCGUGGUUCUAAUCUCCGCGCUGAUAUGACCCUUGCUGGUUUUGAUGGUUUACGCAUCCAACGGUCAGACCAAACGUUUUUGUUCCUUGGAGAGGGCUAUGCCUCAGAGGACAGUAAUUUAACUCUUCCACAUGGUUCUUUGCUUGCUCUUUCACAUAAGGAGAAGGAAGUCACAAAUGCUUUGGAAGGAGCUGGUACACAACCAACAGAAUCUGAAGUUGCCCAUGAAGUCUCCUUGAUGUCUCAGACAAAUAUGUACAGACCGGGUAUUGAUGUUACUCAGGCUGAGCUUAUUCCCCAUUUAAAUUGGAGGCGUCAAGAGAAGACAGAGAUGGUUGGGAAUUGGAAGGCAAAAGUUUACGACAUGCUUAAUGUGAUGGUGAGUGUGAAAUCAAGGCGAGUUCCAGGUGCUAUGACAGAUGAAGAGCUUUUUGCUGUGGAGGAUGGAGAAAGUAUGGUAAAUGGGGAAAACAAUGAUGAAUAUGAUGAUGUGCUGACUGCUGAGGAAAGAAUGCAAUUAGAUUCUGCACUACGAAUGGGGAACUCUGAAGCUGCUUGUGAAGAUGAAGAGCAUGGGGUCUUCGACGGUCAAGAAAAUGGUUCAUCAGUUUCCAAUGAGAAUACUGAAGCCAAUGGCGUGGUUAAAGAGAAGAAGAGCUGGUUUGGUUGGAACAAGAAAAGUUUGAAGAGCAAUGGUGAUGACCCGGAGGAUUUAAAAACAUCCAAGAAAACUUCAAGGCCAGAUAGUAGCAAUCAGAGAUUAAGUGAUCAACAAAAGUUAGCAGCCGAGUUUCCGAAGGAAGACAGUGGAGACACUAAGAAGGGAAAGGAUAAAAACAUUAAAAAGAAGAAGAAAAAAGGAGCAGUCAGCGAGUCUAAGAAUGAGAGUGAGUAUAAAAAGGGUUUAAGACCUGUCUUGUGGUUGACGCCCGACUUCCCGUUGAAAACUGAUGAGCUUCUGCCUCUCCUUGACAUCUUGGCAAAUAAGGUUAAGGCUAUUAGAAGACUCAGAGAGCUUUUGACAACUAAGCUUCCUUAUGGAACUUUUCCUGUCAAGGUUGCUAUCCCUAUAGUCCCUACUAUCAGGGUGCUUGUUACUUUUACAAAAUUUGAGGAGCUUCAGCCAGUAGAGGAGUUUUCGACACCACUUUCCAGCCCUGCACAUUUUCAGGAUGCCAAAUCAAAAGAACCAGAGGGUUCUGCAUCAUGGAUUUCAUGGAUGAAAGGAAGUCGCGGGGGGCAGUCCAGCGACUCUGACAGUCACAGAUAUAAGGAUGAAGCUGAUCCUUUCAGCAUACCUGCAGACUACAAAUGGGUGGAUGCCAAUGAAAAGAAACGUCGAAUGAAGGCAAAGAAAGCCAAAAGUAAGAAACAUAAGAAGCCACCAGUGGCUAAAUCUGGAGAUGGAGUGCAUCGCGGCACUGAGGACAUAGAAGAAUAAUAGUAAUAUUACAGUGUGGUAUCUCAGUGAAUUUGCGGCUCUGAUAAUUGAUGCUAUAGAGAAAGUCUUUCUUUGUGCACAGUGCCACAGCUGACUUUACAUUUCAAUAUUGAAGGGUUUCACUAAGAGUUUACUAGAAACUUCUUGUGCAACCAAUUGUUAUUAGCUAUUAAAAAGGUGCCUUCAUUUUUUUUCCCCUGUUUUGCCAAGGAAGCUGUCUUCUAGAAAUUGUUGUUGUAUUGUCAUGUGAAGUGAAGUUGAAGAGCAAGAGUCUAGCUCAUCAAUUGCUUGGCUUCAUUCUAAUUUUCUUUAGAUUACCAAUAUCUGUAUCUACACCUAUGUCGAUGAUCAUCGAUUUUACAUUUUCUUGAGUGUUGUUCUCCUUUAGUUACUUUUCUUUAUUAAGAUUUUGUAUGUUGUUUUCAAAGGACCUAUCAUAGUGAAGUUUGUUCAAAUACAGGAUGUUUUUUAA